GGUGCUAACUGUGAGUUUAGUGGGAGAGAAGAAAAUAUUAAAGGAAUAUAUCACAAGUUCACAUAACACGCAUCUUUAUAGUAUUUAAUAGCUACGACAUCUAUAUUAUAAUUUCAUCAACUGAAAAAAAAAAAUUUUUACCGUAAAUUUUGUUGGUUUUAUUAAUUCGAUUACCCAAAAAGCAGACAUAAAGUAUGGCAUCAGGUCUUGACAUGAAGAAAGUCUGUCUAGAAUGGUUUCAUUCGAAUCCAGAAUAUAGGAACUUCCAGCCAGAGAUAAACCUAGGAAACUUGAAGCUCACUCUUGAGACCCCCACAUGGUCUCAGGACAACUUGAAGGCACAGAAGAAUGGCCCCACCCGUAAGGUGACACUUAAGUACGGCACUAACAUGACUGAACUGUACAGUGACUUAAAGAUUGAGAAGAACUCAGAAGUCGUUGACUCGGUCACUAUUCAGCAGGGGAAGCUACUCGGCAUCAAUAAAGAAGUGGAGAUUUCACUUCCAAAUAACGCCCAGAGAGCCUCCGUCAAGGUCAACGUAGGCCGUGAUAUUGUAGAAGAAAGCAGGAACGGCAAGCCAAUCAAAAUCCAGGGUGGGCGGCCUAGCACCAUAGGCGGCACGGUCACCGCCACAAUCUCGCCAAAAGAGUGCUCAUUCACAGGACAGUUCCAGUGCAAUGCUAGGCUAAGCGGUGACGUCAUUUUCACGUUUCCCUACUACGGACAAAGAGCACAGGAGCAGCAAAACAUCGUUCAAAUCAUCAGGGAUCUCCAGAGUCCAUCACGUGAUGACAUCAAGAUGUUUGAGGCCAUGUUUGACCACAUCAGGUGGCCACUAAAGGGGGAGGUGGAGUUGAGGUGGGAUGGUAACUAUGACGUCACCUGGAACUAGAUGAUGUCAACAGCAGAUAAAAUAAUUUUGUUUUACUUUAUCGAUGAUCGCUGUGCUUAUGUAUCACUGGACCUGUUGUUAUUAUAGAUGUUACAAAAAACACUACAAGAAAUACAUUUUUUUUUAAUUUUUAAAAUGACAAAUUUAAAAAUAAAAGUAUAUUUUAUUUUGAUUUUUAGUCCCAACAUCAUGUAUUUGAUAAGUAUAUUUCUAUAAUUAAAUGCAAUCAGUUUAAAAUCAUCAAGCAAAUACAAAUCAAAUGUAUUAAAACACAUCUUUUAGAUAUAAACACAAUAAAAGUCAUCUGGACCUUCACAUAGUAAAAACCACUUAAUAAAAGACACUAACAUUACUAAUAAAAAUAUUAUCUAUGCUCGAUACUAUUCUAUUUUAUGAUUUGUAAAGUAGCCUAUCAAUAUUAACACAGCAAAAACCAAAACGUAUGCCUAAAUUGCUAUUGUAUUUAGAAUGAUUAGUGUGGAUAUUUAAUACCUAUUCUAUUCUAAAUUAAAUUAAAAGAACACAAGUAAGUGAGUUCAAUAAACAACACAUGUAUAUUGGUGUGUCAUAUAAAUAAUGUUGAAUGUUGUACCGAGUAAAUUUUACUGAAAUGUCUUUGUGAUAGUGAAAUGUAUGGGUAGGCCUAUAGCUGUAAUAAAUUAUUAAAAUGGUUGAGAGAUGGAUGGGUAGUUGUAUGGAAGUGGUUGGCAGCACUGUAUGGUUGGCAAUACUGAAUGGUUGGCAAUUAUGUAUGGUUGUAAAUACUUCAUGGUUGACAAUAUUGAAUAGUUGGCAGCACUGUGUGGUUGGCAAUAAUCUAUGGCUGGCAAUAUGGUAUAACUGGCAAUAUGGUAUAACUGGCAAUAUGGUAUAACUGGCAAUAUGAUACAACUGGCAAUAUGGUAUGGCUGGCAAUAUGGUAUGGCUGGCAAUAUGGUAUGGCUGACAAUACGGUAUGGCUGGCAAUAUGGUAUGGCUGGCAAUAUGGUAUAACUGGCAAUAUGGUAUGGCUGGCAAUAUAGUAUAACUGGCAUUAUGGUAUGGCUGGCAAUAUGGUAUUACUGGCAAUAUGAUGUAACUGGCAAUAUGGUAUAACUGGCAAUAUGGUAUAACUGGCAAUAUGGUAUAACUGGCAAUAUGGUAUGGCUGGCAAAACUGUAUGGUUGGAAAUAAUAUAUGGUAGACGAUAUAAUGAUUGAAAAAUGUGUUUCAUUGAAAAACUGUACGGUUGGUAAAACUUAAUGAAAACUAAAUUAUAUAAAACACGUCAUUUGUGAAUGUGUUUGCACUAUGGAAAAAUAAAUGCCACGAACCAAUAUUACAUAUGAAUUUCAGUUUUUACUUGUUAAAUAUUGUGUCUAAUUUAAAAAAUAAAAGUUCACUAAUCG